UAAGUGUAGGCCUAAUAUUCUAAUUUUGGAGAGAUCAAUGUAAACCUGUUUCAGUUCCUCUCGCUAUGGCCGUGUUGGUUUUGGGUUUCUGGUGUUAGUUAGUAGCCAAAACCGAUGUAGUAAGAACACGCUAAUGCAGUUUUACAUCAUAUUAUUUGAGUUAACAUUUUUUAAACAUUAAGUUAUUUAUGCUUUAAGCCAAUCAUGACAUAGGUAUUUAAAUAAGUAAAUGUGGAGCCCAGAUGGAGAGUGCAGCAUAGUUAAUUAUUUCUAUACUUUUGAACACUGACUUAUUAUUCGAAACCUUAAAAUAGAGGGAUGAUGCUUAUAACAACAGCUGCUCAAGCCUUUGAUAAUGGUCUUUGGUAGUCUUCCCUCUGAUCCUCCGACUAUCAUUAUGUCAACUUCAUAUCUAUGCUGAGUCCUAUACUUGUAGUUAUAAAAUGCAACAAGAAGGCAAACCAAAGUUCCUUAGAUUCCAUCAGGGUAGUGUACGGGGAGUCGCCUUCAGUCCAAGGGAUCGGUACCUGUUUUGCUCCGGUGCUUACGAUGGAAAAGUCAACCUGUAUUCUGCUUUACGCAUGGAACUACUCAUGUGCUACCAGAUCACCACCAUGACUUUAGCGAGAAACGUCAAUGCCGUACGGUUUACUUCUGAUGGAUCGAGAAUUCUGGCGGCAACGACGGCACGGCGGUUGGCAGUGGUGGAUGUGGAGCGAGGGGAGCAGCUGUUGGCGUACGACAACUGCGCGUAUGGAGGAAGAGAGCGCUCCGGCCUCGCUACCGAUCCUGUGUGUCCCAACAUGGCCGUCUCCGUGGCAGUGAACGGUAAAGGCCUCACACUGCUGGACCUGCGGAUGCCUCUGCCACUCGACUUUGUCUAUGAUUUGCAUGAGAGUCAAAUCAGAGACGUUUGUUUCCUCCACGGGUCGUGGCCGUGGGCGAGAGGUCACCAGUCGUCCAUCUUGACCGCGGGGUUGGAGGGUACAGUCAAGAUUUGCACGCUGGACGGUCGAGUGCUUCACAGUUUCACAACUGGCCACUCUGUCAACACCGUCUGUCCAACUCCCGAGGCGUUCAACCACUGCGCAGACGACGGAUUCACCAGUUUGAUCCUCAGUGGUGGAGAGUUGGUGUCUUCGUAUGUACCUGAUUCUGGAAUCCAAGAACAUCUCAAGGAACACAAGGAGAUGCCCAUCUGGAAACUCAAAUACACGUCACAAGGCAGUAUAUUGUACUCAGCGUGUGAUGGAGGAGUUUUGAGGAGAUAUCGCAGAUAUCCAGACCAUCACCAGUACUUGGGAGAAGUGUACAAACACAAAGGAGACAUCCAGGACUUGGACAUCUCACCCUACGAUGAAUACAUCAUCACGGCAUCCAAGGACAAAUCCGUGGGUGUACUGAGGCUGGGAGCACCGAACCACGGUUGGACCGAGUACUGUGAACUCACAUGAUACAUAACAUGUGUUCUUCUUCUCAGCUGUGUAAAUUGUGUACAAAACUAUUCAUUCUAUUGUUAAGUCUACAUACAGCAACGUUUAAACGCGCUAUCAAACUCUUUCUUUACAAUUCUCAGUUCACCAAAGACUAUCUACACAUCGUUGAAUGAUGUAAACUAGUUAGUGAUGAUUUCCAAAUAUACUUAAUUACGAUGCUUUAAUUUCUUGUAGAAUAUUGUAUAGUUUAAUGAAUUUUAAUCUUUAUUUUAAAUCUAUUUAUUUCAGAAUGCCUCAAAUGUGAAUUUUUCCUAAGUCUAUAUUUUUGUUCAUGGAAAGAUUCAAACAUAACAAUUUUAUCUGGCUGUGGCAGUCUGCAGAGCUGGCUGUGAUGUGAUAACAGAAACUAUUAGUUUAACACUAUGAGUGGGCUGAUUCUGAUUAUUUUAUUCCGUAAAACAUUAGACUCGAUACAUUGUGACUUGAUUUCAUAUCAAUUCCAGAAUCAUGUAUAUUUGUAAUCUUCUACCACUUUGGUUAGGAUUUUGGAACUUCUUAAAUUUGUCACAAUUGUGACGACAUAUUAAAUUUUCAAUUGUGCAAAUUUUAAACUUGGCAGAUGUGUUUUGCAAUUAAAUAACAUCAAAAAAUUCCUGUUAAAAAAAAUUGAUGUUAUCUGUAUCCUGCUGGAUAAACAUGAGAAGAAAUUUCCAGAAUGAAAUUAUUAUUGUGAUUAUUUUUGAAAAAAUCAUUUAUCAGAUCUUUUGCAUGGUUGAUAUAUUAUAAGUAAUAUAUUGGUAAUAUUCUUCCAGUUUGUAUUCCUUAAUAUGGUCUGGAAUCAAAAUUGAGGUUAACAUUUUAGUACAAGAACCUGAAUCGAGCAAUUUUGGAAUCAGCCCAUCACUAAUAUAAUACACUUGUUACAGCAAACCUGUGUACUCAGAAAUUUUCAAUUAUUAUUUGAAGAAAAACUACGUGCAAGAUUGAGAACCAUUGAGAAUUGCAUUGAUGUUUUGUUUUCCAUAAACACCCAGAUUUGCUGAGCAUGGUAAACCCUGCUAUUUUAUCACAAACACAAACUAAUGUUUUAUCAAAGUAUACAUGUAUGAAGAAAUGGAAGAUGAAGUUUUAUUAUUCUUUAAGAGAAUAUCAUAACUAUGUGAAGUUUAAACUACUACAGAAUCUAUAUAUAUAAAUCUACUAAUUGGGAUGAGAUUCUUAAUUAGUCUGAAAUGCAAUAAAAUUGUAUGGAAUAAUUCAUGUAUUUUUAUGUGAAAGUUACAAUAGUACCUUAUAAUAGCAAGGUAUAAUAGUAAUUCCACCAUCAGGGUAACAUCGUGAUCAUAGCCCAACUUUUAUCUAUGUUUGAUAUUCUGUAAUCUAUUACACAUGCCAACCUUUUGCUGAACUAUUUUCAAAAUUAAGGCUACAAUUGGACUCUGAUUAUGGUGUGAGAGGUGUAACAAGUCUAUAUCUAUCACAAUUGUAAUAUUGUUUAAAUACAGUAUGUUACAAGAAUAAUUGUUUAGAAUGUGCUAGAAGAUAUAUUUUUUUAAAUUCAUAUAACAGUGCCAACACGUAAAUCGCUAAAGAAGCUAUUCAAAAUUAUCUCGGUUUAAAAUUAUGUUUUUGAGAAAAUGUUUAAGUUUGAAGAGGAUGAGCUUCAAUCAAUACAGAUACCAAUAACUAGAAUUUUUUUUUUUGUUACCGUCUAUUUGUCAAUUAUUUCAACAUACUUGGAGUUAAGCUUUCAGAUUUUUAUAGCGCCAAAAACUUAUCACGUUGGCUCAGCUAUGUUGGCAAAGGUACCAAACCUCAAUAUUUUCAAUUUUUUUUUAUGGGUAGACACUGCAAUAAUGGAAAUGGUUGAUUACUUUAAAAUUUUUUGGAUAUAUUGAGAUACUUUACUUAACUGGACAGCUUUUAUAAUCUUAUCACCAAUUAAAGUGGUAUAUUUUUAGGUCUACUAUUGGAAUAUAUGACAGGGUUUAAAAGCUUAAAUUAAAUAAAAAUCUGCUCUUUCUAGGGAAAAUACCGUAAUACAAAACAACUGUGUUAAUUUAUUAUAUUCCUACAUUUAAUUCAAUUAUCUUGUUGCUGGAGAGUUAAUAUUAUUUUUCAACAGAUGUUCAUAAUUGGUCCAACCUAAUCAAAAAUCUUUCCAAGGAAAUAAAGUUCUUUGUUUACAAACGCAUUUACUUGUACAAAAGAUUUUUAACUUCUUAAAUUGUAAAUUAUUGUAUAGAUGUUUCAAAUUUUGAAUUUAAGUUUGUUUUAUCAAUAACUACUAAAGCUUAUAUCGAUGGUAAAUAAAGUAGUAAAUGUUUAAUUGUAGUUUUUAUUAUCUAUGUUGUAAAAAUUAUAUGUGAAGGGCUGUAACUAAACUACUAGAUAAAUGUAAGGGAUACUAAGCAGAAAGAAGUCCAUUACUAUAUCGUGGUCCCUUUUCAAACACCACUGCCAUUUUAAUCAAGAUAAAUUUGGUAUUUCAAACGUGUGGUAGGGUGAGUGCACCAGGGAAUGACCAUUUAAGCUUGAGUUUUCACUAUGACAUGAAAAAAGGCUAUUAAGCGACAGUUUAAAGAUUAGCUUUAAUGUCUUGUAUGUAUUCUCCUCCAAUGUUAAAGCUUAGCGUAUUAUGUUCUAGAAUGUUGAAAAUACAAUUUAUGGCACCUAAGUUAUUGCACCAUUUAAUGACCGCAUAUUAUUUGACCUUUUGAAAUUGUAUAAACUAAACUCCUUUUCAUCAAAUAACCCGUUCAAGAUUCUCAUGCCGAAGCUGGAGACCCUGUAUAAAAUGAUAACCAUUGCAGGAUCGUUGAAAUAUAGAUUCUAGUGAAAGGCUACUUUUCAUCUAUUAAAUUACUGUAACAUUGAAUUCAUGUCAAAUUUUGGUUACAGCGUAUUCACAUGAUUUCUGAUGAGAUUCCUUCUGAGAUUGCCUCCUGAGAUUUUGUGUUUCCUAGCAAGCACUUAAUCCUGAAGAAAACUUUGUUUCUAAUUAUUUGAAAAAAAUGUUAUCCAAAUCUAAUUAAAGACCCAAGCAGUCAUUCACUGGCUAUACUCUUAAGUUGUGAUCCAGUAAAUGAGAGACUGUUUAAACAAUUGUUGGUUUGGAUUAUGAUCUCAAAAUGAGUACAGAAUUGUACCCUAUUUUUUGUUGUUGUAAUUACCAAUAAUAUUUUACAGUUUCCACCAAUAAUCAAAGAACCGUGACAAACACAACCAGCCUCGUUUGUAUAAGACUUUGUAAUAGCAACCUUGAAGACAAACUGGUUGGAACACUUAUUUUUUUGUGUUACAAAAGGAUGAUUGCCGCUUUUUUUUGACCAGUGACGGGAUAGAUUCCAAUCAGGCUCAAAAGUUACUUUUAAGACCGUUUAUGAUAUACUAGGAAAAACAAAACGCUUGAUAUGAGGGCUUUUUAAAGUACAAAACGGUUAUUGAUUGGUUCUCUCACCCUACGUACUAAUGUCGAUUAUUUUUAGCAUGAAAUAAGUUUAAAUGUAAAUUAUUUUAUCAAUAACAUAAACAUACUGUGGUAAUAUGUAGAAAUCGUGCAAUAUAGUGUAGAGUAUUUUAUAGUUUUAUCAAUCGAUAAAUGUGCUUUAUAAUAUUUUAUAAGGAUUAACAGUUUGAUUGACAUUUGUAGUGAUGUGCAUCUCAAAUUUAUAUUAAACAUUUGUAAAG